AUGAGAGAGAACGUACCCAGCCCGUACACAACGAACCCAAUGCCACCAAAGUCUUCGCCAGAAAAGUCGCUCAUCAAAGGGCAAUUUCACAAGCGGAUGCAAUCUUUGCAGAACGCAGACACCCGGUCUGAGUUUCUGAACUACCUAGAGAGUAGGUCACCGGAGAGGUCUUUACGAGCAUCAAUUAUGGACUCCUCCACUCGGCCAGAAGAAAAGAGCCCAACGAAGUCAACCAGUUCCUUAAACAGAGACUCAGACAAGGAUGCUCCGAACCUGCUAAUCUCAAAUCGGUACCUCUCCAAACCUAUUCUCGGAGAGAGCACGCCCCCUUCUGCCACGAUGUUGGCGCUUCAGAAUAUGCAGCUGCCUGAUGAGGGCGGACCUCAGCCUAAGCAUAGCGAACCCGACCCUUUUACAACACCGAAACGUCCAAGCGUCCACAGUCUCGAAACCCUUUCUAGCCAAAUCAUCAGUCUCACGGAAAUUGCCAGCAAUCUCCAACGUGAAAUGGCUCAGUUGAGUCGACGAAGCAAAGACAAUGCCACCGAUUUGAUCAGUCUUAAAGCCGCCACCAACGCUCGAGACGAAGAUAUUAGGAAAAGUCUCCGCGACCUGUCCUCAAGUUUGGCCGCAAAACUCCUAGACCCUGAUACUGCCACAAGGUGGGAUUUCAGUUCUCUCCUAGGUUCUGACCAGAAUAUUAACAACAGCGAAUCGGAUAGUUCGCCUCGUUCUUCGAGGAAGAGUUUUUCUGCGCAACGGAUGCCCAGUCCGAACCCCUUCGCUGCAGCAAUGGAACGUGAACUAUGCGUGUCCCCUACUCCCAUAUCUGAUGGAUCAGCCAGCAUAGCAUUGCUGGAGAAAGUCCUUCGAGAAAUGGCCACCAAGGAAGGCCAAGAGAAGCUCCUAGACCUCGUUGAUGAGAUCAAGUCACGGCCCUUGGAAGACUCUUCCGACAGGCAAUCGGAUAGCACUAUCGUAAAGAUGCUGGAAGAAAUCCUCAAUUUGGUGAAAGAGGGCUCAGAAAGCAAAGCCUUGGUUCGCUCACGGGCCGUUCCGCCGCAAAGGAGUGCCAGUUUCCAUGCUACUGAUUCUAAGACUGCGGAUGCCGAAAAAGUACACGGAUCGGACAUGGAAAUCAUCCAGAACGAGAGUGGACCUCUUGCCGAACGCCCGAACCAACAGCUAGACAAUUCCAUCGCGAAGGAAAUGCUGGCAAUAAUGCAGCGCGUAAAGACCAGUGUCAUUGAAGGAGGUGGGAUGACCAAUGAAGUUAAAGCGCUGGUCCGAGAAUUGCGAGGACAAGUUUUGGGAAUGGGACGAGACCUUGCCCGAAGACUUGAGGAAAUAGAGCAUAUUCGCUCUGCGGGGGACGACGAACCCAAGGCGCCCAGCAAAGACGAGAUCGCUGCCAUCGUCGAGCAAAGCCUUCAAGAGCUGAAGAACCAACUAUCACACAUAAUGAAUGAGCAUAGACAACAUGCCUCAGCGUUGUCGGAGUUUCGAUCAGCAAUGGAUGGCGCCGAGAUCUAUUCUAUUGUGAAGAGAGUCAUUGAAGAGCACUCCAUGUCCCAGCCUCAGGAACCUGGUCUUCAGAGAGAUGAGAUACUGGAAACGGUCAGGGAAGCCUGGGAGACGUACAAGCCCGAAAUUGAACUUCAAAAUUUUGGUCUUGAACGCGACGAGAUUCUAGAGUGCUUGAGCGAAGGGCUCAAGGCAUACCAGCCGCAACGUGAACAAGCCGUGACUUAUGAUCAAGUUUUGGCCGUUGUUCAGGCAGGAGUUCAGAGUUUCGAGCAGCCUCCAAUAGUUACCAAAGACGAAAUCGCCCAGACCAUCCGCGAAUGUCUGAAAGAACACACUCAGCAGACUGCCGAUCGGCACCUUCGUCACGAUGACCUGGCUGCUGUACGGGACGAGAUACUUCAGGCAGUUACCGAAUCAUUUGCCUCCCAGAGCGCUCUGACCAGAGAAAGUUUAGAGUUGGGUCUUGGUCGCGAUGAGAUAUUGACUGCCCUGUCGGAAGGCUUGGAGACCUAUUUCAACGCAGCCAAAGAAACAGAGCCGGUCCACAUCACGAAAGACGAUGUCAUCAACGCGAUAAAUGAUGCGUUUGCUGCCCAGAACUCAGCCAUUAGCACGAAAAUUGAGUUAGAUAUCUCGCGGGAAGAAAUUUUGGCCGCAAUUGCAGAGGGCCUGGAGAGUCAAAACUCGAUGAUUAGGGAGAUUGAGCUCAAUAAGGAGGAUUUGAUGGAGGCAAUAUCGGCCGGCCUUCAAGAAGCCCUGAGCUCGGUGAAUCUCAACGCCGGGGAGCAGGCUUUGGAACGCUUUCAGGAACUCGUCCAGGAAAUCAAAGACAAUGUCCAACAGCAGGCUCUUGCCGGCGAGAAAAGCAGUGAGCAGGUGCUCGAAGCAAUCAAGGACGGCCUAGCUGCUGUGAAGCAAGCGGUCGAAGGAUACGCUGCAACUGCCGUGGAAGCUUCCGGCAAACAUGAAAUCAUGGACACGGUCAAGGAAGGUUUCCGAUUGCUCCACGCCGACAUGGAAAAGACCAUCGCGGAUGCUGCCCUAUCUAACAGCCGAGGGGUUAAUCCGGACACUCCUGAACUUCUUGAUGCUAUGGAGAAGGAAUUUGAGCACCUUCGGCAAACCUUGAGCUCUCUCCUCAUUCGCACCAAUGUCUCCAGCGACAAAGACGAGAUUCUCGACGCCAUUCGCGAUGCAUCGGAAAGCCAGAAGGUCCCAAGCGUAGAUGACAUCGCCAAAGUCAUCAAGGAAGAGUUCGAUAGUAUUCGUGAGACUAUGACAACAAGCCUUGUUCCCAUACAGCCCAAGUCCGGCAAUGACGAGAUUGUCGCGGCUCUCCGGGAAAGCCUCGAAGCGUUCCGUGAAUCAAACAACCAAACUAAAGAUAGCGGGGACAGUGUCUCAUUCUCAACUGGUGAAGUCAUUGAGGUCCUCAAUGAUGGCGUGGCUACAAUUCGGGGUGAUCUAUCUAAACUUCUCGACCGGCCUGAGCAGAUUGAUUAUUCCGAACUUCUCGAUACUCUGAAAGAAGGACUUAGCAGCCUGAAGGCGGAUGUAGAAUCAUUACGUCAGUCACAGGAUGAGUCAAGGGAGCCUGAACCUACCCGAGGCGGAGAAUUGAUGCUUGCAAAUGAGCCGAAUAUCAGCAGCGACAUCGAAGCCCUCAAAACCCUCAUCACCGAGCUACAGAUCAAGGUCGAUGCCAUAGAGUCUGCUCCGCGUGCACCGGAACCGUCAGAAGAUGUUCUAAAAAAAGAGCAUCUGGACGAGGUAGUUGCCGGCCUACACGAACUCCAAAGCUCCGUGGCCGGUAUUGUAGCUCGGGAAAAUCCGGUGGAUGACUUGACAGCGAAGAAGGAGGAUACAGACGCCAUUGAAACACUACUGCGAAACACAAAAUCCCAGCUUGAUGAGCUGAAAUUUCCAGCCCUAGACGAAAUCGCGAAGGCGGAGCAGCUGGAUAGUCUCGAAGUCAUCGUCCACGAGGCAAAGGAAGCGAUCACUGGACUUUCUGCUCGCCUAGAAGCCGAAGGACCAACCAAGUCAGAGAUUGGUACCCUGGAGACUCUUCUGAAGGAUAUGUGGAUCGCCUUUGAUGAGCUCAAAAGCAAAGAUUCGGAAGGUGAACCUGAUACUGAAAAGCUCGUCAAAUCGGAUUUGCAAACAGUGGAAGCCAUGAUAUUCGAGGUGAAGACUCAGGUGGAAGAACUGAAGCUUCCUGAUGUUGAGACACUACCAACAAAGACAGACAUCAAGGAUUUGUCAAUGCUUGUGACGGACUUCAGAGAAAAAGUAGAAGCCGAGAACGAGUUAACAGCGCAAGGGUUCGAAGCCAGAAAGGUCGAACACGCCGGGCUUGCGGAGAAAAUUGACGAGGCGAGGGCCGUGGUCGAAGGACUCGGCGACGAGCUAAAGAGCAAGCUAGACGGCAGUUCCGAAGGACUUUCCGAGCUCAAGAAACUCUUGGAAGGCUUGGCUGCUUCUGCUGAAAGCUUUACGACCGUAGAAAGCAUCCACGAACUCACAGAACUCAUCAACCGGGAAUUUGAGCGUGUUCGUGGUGAACAAGACGCGGGCAAGCUUGAAAUGGAGGAACGUGACGCCGCUGCCCUUGUCAAACAUGAUGAGGUUCGAGCAGCCAUCAUUGUGGAGCUGGGUGCAAAAUUUGAUGAGAAACUCGGCGAAGUCAUGGCCAAGUAUGAUGAAGUCCACAAUUCAAUCGGCUCGAAGUUCACUGAAGCUGAGGAACGAGACAACGCGCACCUGGAAGCUAUCACAACCACCAAGGCCCUUGCCGAAGACAUAAAGCUCGUCAUUGGCGCCAUGGGCGAUAGCGUUAAUGAAACGUGUGAACGCAUCAGCUUGGACACAAAGGCUUUCUUCGAAAAGGUCGGCGAGUCCUACACCAAGAUAGAGGAGAUGCACAACGAGGUGAAGACACACCACGAGCAAGCUCGGUCCGACUUUGAACGAGCAGUCGCGGCCACUGAUCGCGUGGAGAGCCGGCUGCAUGAGUUCCAUCCGCAGGUCUUGGAGUCGAUACAGGAAAUUCUCUCCAUCGUCGGAAAGCACUAUGAUCAUUCUCAAAAGGCGACGGAGGAUAUCAAGAUGGACCUUUCCAUUCUUCCUUCGACAAUUCCAUCAAUGCUUCCAGCUCUUCCACCACCUGAGCCGGAGAAGUACGAUGACACUCGGGUCCGCGAGAAACUAGACAGCCUCUUGGAACAUGCAAAGAACAACAAGGUGCAAGAGGCACUCGACAUUCUUGUUGAACGUGUGACCAACAAUCAAGUGCAUGAGAAGCUUGAUCAGUUGCUCAGUCAGACUACGAGUACCAAUGCUCAAGUUUACGACAAGCUGAAUGAGCUGCUCGACCAUGCCACGAACACGAACGGGCCAAUUCACGAAAAGCUAGAUACACUUCUUGACCACGCGAAAAAUACUGACCAGUCUGUUACGCACAUGAUGAAAUUAGAUGAGAUGCAUAAGGACAUCAUGGAGACCUCACGCAAGAUGAACGAGAUGUUUGCAGCUCAAUCCGCCCUCGUGGCGGAGAAUACAGAGCGCAGACGCCGGGAGGCCGAGGAAGCUGCAAUUGCGCUGGAGAGAAGAAAUGCGCAAAAAGAGCAGGUCGAAGCCGAAAUCGUCACUCUCAAUGAAGAGAAGGACUCUCUUCUGAGUAUAAUUAACAGACUGAAAUCCGAAAAGGAAGAACUCAUCAAACAAAACACCAAGCUUAGCAAGGAGCUAUCUAGCUUGGAGAUGGCCCUUGAGCUCCGUCACGAGGAGAUGCAGGUCAUGGAGGAUCGUGCUGAUACUCUCGAGAAACGAAUUCUGGAGGGUGUUCUUGAUCAUGCUCGCACGGUUCUCCUCAGCCGCCCAAGGGGUCUACAAAGCUUGAAUAUGAAGAAGGCUCGUGGCUCUCGCUCCCGAGGACCUAGUGCCAACAGUACCACUAGCACUGCCAAAGAUUCCCGGAGCAUCAUUGGUAGCAGUGUUGGCAUUGCAUUGAAAAAGCGAACCUCGGCUUCACCUCAGUUGGGGUCAAACACUCCAUCCAAUACAAACAAGGAGCGAAGGAUACUCAGCUUGAGCAAUGUCACUGGCAAUCGCGGCGUGCCUGAUCGAUAUGCGAGCUCGGGCAGUGGCUUUACAAAUCUGAAGCGGAGUCAUUCCGUGAAGUCCAACUACUCCAUGCGAAAAGCCUCAUGGGGCGGUCGAAGCUCGGUAGCUAACAAGGAGAACGAGAGUUUCCCAGAGGAAGACGAGAAUCAGAGCGGAGACGAAAGUGAUGCUGGUACUGAACGUAGGACCAGCUACACUGGAACAUACACGGACAGCAUGACAUACGGAACCGAGAGCGUCGUCUCCGCCGAUCGUAGAGUGAGCGCGGCCAGUUCCACGAACAUGCCCACUGCAGCCCCACACUCCAUUCCAGAAGACUCUGAAGAUGAUGAACAACAAGAGGAGGAGCACGGAACGGCGGACGAGGAUGAGGACGAUGCUCAGACGACCAAGGGAAAUGAGUCGGCGGAUGAUCAGCAGGAAGGAGAAACUGGCGCAGACGGUGAUGAUCUUGUGUCAACAAAAAUGGUACUCUAUGGACAGCACAGUGACAGUGGACUCGGUGCGGAGAUUGCAAGCGCAGCGGGCUAA